GGAACACCUGUACGAAGAACGUUCUUUAGUUUUUGGAUUUUUUUUUUAAUGUUUUGCAUGGGUGAUUUAUUUAAGCUUUCAGAAUGAUCAGAGAACUUUUAAUUGUCCUGCUUUUGUCGUUUGUGACUCUUGGAGAAGCAAGGAAAUCAUUUCUCAGUUUCCUGAACAGAGAAAAGACUGAAAUUUUUUUUUUCACAAAGACUGAAGAAACCAUUGUUGUCAGGUCAAAUUACAGAGAGAAACAGCCAAACUCCAGCUUCCUCUUUGUGCAACUCGAAGAUCCCAAAACCCUGCAAGUGGUGAAUGUGACCAGGACCUUCUUGGAUGUUACUGACUUUACCAUAAACCUGGUGACAGAUGAAGACGGAGAGACAAAUCUCACCGUUCAACUAUGGGAAUCUGAAGGUAGGCGGGAACGACUCAUUGAAGUAAAGAAUGUCAAAGUCAGAGUACUCAGACCAAGACCAGGCGGUCUUUUCCAGGCAUCAAACCAUAUUGAUAGGAAUAUCCUAAUGCUUUUUCUACCAAUGAUACUGUUAAAUAAAUGUGCAUUUGGUUGCAAGACUGAAUUACAGGUGUUUCAAACAGUGUGGAAGAGACCUUUGCCAAUAAUUCUCGUGACAAUUGCACAGUUUUUUCUCAUGCCGUUUUGUGGAUUUCUUUUGACGCAGAUUUCGGCAUUGCCUGAGGCACAGGCUUUUGGAUUUGUAAUGACCUGCACGUGCCCAGGAGGGGGUGGGGGCUAUCUCUUUGCUCUGCUACUAGAAGGAGAUGUCACUUUGGCCAUUUUGAUGACUUGCAUGUCAACGCUAUUGGCCCUGAUAAUGAUGCCUGCCAAUUCGUACAUAUACAGCAGGCUGUUAGGGUUAUCAGGUUCCCUUCAUAGUCCUGUCUUUAAAAUUAUGUCAACCCUCCUUUUCAUACUCACACCCAUAUCCGUGGGAAUAGUCAUCAAACGCAGACUGCCUGAAAAAGCAGCCUUCCUGGAGAGAAUGGUUAGAACUCUGAGUUUGAUUUUAAUGUUUCUAGGGGUUUACUUGACGUUCAGAACGGGACUGAGCUUUCUUAAGGCAGUUAACCUAGAAGUGCUUCUACUGAGUGUCUUCGUUCCGUUUGGUUUGUUGUUUAGGUUCUUUUUUGCUAAAAUCUCGAUGCUGCCUCUUGCUGUUCGUAAAACUGUUGCGAUCGAAAGCGGGGCAGUGGAUGGUUUCUUAGCCCUUGCCAUUGUUCAGCUUUCCUUCUCGCAGACCCAAGCCGACUUAGCUUCUGUGGCUCCCUUUACGGUGGCCAUGUGUUCUGGAUGUGAAAUGUUACUGACUCUGUUCUACAAGGCUAAGAGAAGACGGAUCCCUAUCCUAGAAGAGAAAAGGCAAAAAAAUCUCCCUGUCUAACAAUCAAAGCUUUACUGAAUUUUCCUACUCUGAAUGAGGUACCAUGCGAGAUUCAAAGAAUAUUAAAAUGAUGCCUGUUCUCUUAUGAUAUGAUUGAAAACUUGACAUUACGGGAGAAAUAAAUAAAUAUGUAUAUUUAGAAUAAAAUUGUAUGUGUUAAACACCCAGUGAGUGAUACAGAGAGUUAAAUGUACAGGAAUUCAGAAGAAGGAGCUCACUUUUCAACUGUGUUGGCUUGGAAAUAUUUUAUAGAGUUAGAUUUGAAUAUGAUACUUUAGUAUGGUCUCCUGAACAGGAGCGAGCAAUUUAAUAAAAAAGUCCUCCUGUAGUGAUUACGAUGUAUCCCAAGGGUUUGUUGAAGGGACGUUGAUGCAAUAGGCAUUCAGUAGAUGCUCACACUAUGAAUGAAUAUGUAAAUUUCUAUCUGGGUCUCUUAUUGGCCCAUCAGAAUCAAUGUGUCUUAAACUAAAUGUAGUGUCUCUACUCUCAUAACUGUACUUCUUGUCCUCCACAACUUCCACUGAAGACAUUACCAUUUACCUGAAGCACAGGUCAUCUCUUCCCCCUCUUCUCCUCUCUUCCCUCUUUUUCCAUUAUAGUCAAGCUAUUUCCUACAGACAAUUUCCUAUAGUAUCUUUUUAUCAGCCUCCUCUCCCUUCCCGGUACUACCACUCUGUUCUGCUCUGUAGAGGCUGCUUCCCUAGACCUUUCUUACCUGGCUUUUGGCCUCUCUGUUCACUCUCUAAUCACUGUCAGAUUAUUCUUUCUAAAAAUCUAAUUUUGAUCAUGUGCUUUCCCUGCAACAAAGCCUUUUUGCCUCUUGAAUGAAGUCUCUAUUCCUUGGUGAGUCAUUUACAACGCUCUCCUCUCUGACUUCAUGCUAGCUUUCCAGUUUAUCUCCUCUCCCUCUUCUUUACACACAGUCUUUGCUCCAAUCAACAGGAUAACUUGGUUAUUUAUGGACAUGCCUUUGUUCACGCUGUUCUUGCAACCUGAGGGACCCAGCUCAGCUCUGUCUAGAUUUUGACCACUCUCACAGACCUGGUUCAAAUACCACCCUUGCCAUGAAGCUUUGACUAAUCCCCCUUAGCUUCCAGGGACUGAAAAUUUCUCUAAAUUCUCAUCACAAUUUUUUAUGCUCAUAGAACUUAGCCCACCUGGCUUGCUUUACAGCUAUCUGUGUUCCUAUUGUAUCAUUUCUAUUUUGCUAGGAACUCUUGAACAUGAGAAUUAUAAACAUAAUAGAAUAUGUAAACAACAUAAUCAUAUAAAUAAUAUAAUCAUAUAAACAAUAGAACAUGAUAAUAUAAACAAUAUUCAUUUGGAUGCUCCCCCUAAUGUCUAGCAUAUUUCCUACAUGCUUAUUUAAAUAAAACAUUGAGCACAGGGCCUAAAUGAGUAGUGUGCUCAUUUUUAUACCACUGUUGAGCUUUCAAAGGUAAUUUUUAGCAUCUACUUCCAGUUUCCAGUUCCCACAGUCUUCUCCAGAGAGAGUGUGAGCAUCAUGAAUGAGAAAUAUCAUUCUAAAUGAUUCUGCUUCCCAGGUUUCCCAGGCCUGUAGUUGGAGGCAAUUUACUUAAUGUCCCUAUAGUCCCCUGUCCUCAUCUACAAAUUGGAGAUAAUAGUGUAAACUCCAUCAAAUUGUUGUGGGAAUUAAAUCAGGUCAUAUUUACUAUGUCCUUAGAACAUAAUCCUGGCCCCAUAGUACAUGUUCUGUAAGUGUUCGCUGCUAUAAUUAUUUUAUCAGAGUUUAAACUUUGGACCCUGAUCUAUCUGCUGUUGGUUUGAAAUACCAAUCUGAUAACUCUGUAUGGAGCCCAAAACUUUGAACAUUUUCCUGUCAGUGUUAUUCACCAUCUUACCCAUAGAAUUUUUGUUGAGUUUGCCCAAGCUGAUAAGACAACCUAAAUUCUUUUUUUUUAAUUUCACCAAAUCCAGUAUAUGAAUACCAAGAUUUACAAAGCCCUAGUUUGGCAUGGUGAUGGAUGGUUAUUAUUCACUUUGUAAAAUGAUAAUUGUCUAUAUGAAAUGCUUUACUACUGACUCCUUAAACAGAAAUCUCCACUUAGGGGUUUAAAAUAUAAUUAAGCUUGCAUAAAUUUGACUUACGUACAUUUUCAUGAACAUAUUUUACUGACUGAAAGACAAGAAACCGCCUUUCCAGUUGCACUUUAUCGUUAACCUUAUGGUCUUGCUCAAGACACUGCUCUGUGCUUCAGUUUUCAAAUCUGUAAAAUGAAGAGACUCAACUGAGUUUAAGAUCCUGCUCAACUCCUCAUGCCUGUAGUUCCAGCAUAAAACCCCAGGACAUAACACCACGGUCUGGGUGGUGGGUUCAGGUUAAUGAGAGUAACCACACACAGGUACAGCUUUCUAGUUAAAGUGACAACCAACAUAGGAGUUUCUUGAAGGCAGGGAUCACAUAUUAUUCUUUAAAUUUUCUACAGGGUUUAGCCAAUACCUUUAACUGAAUCGGUGCCCAUAAAACAUUGAAUUAAUUAAUGAUUAAUGUUUAUGAAAGUCAAUAUCAUAUACUCUGAGGCCAGAUUAUUCUUGGGUCUGCAGUUCCAGCUCGUCACCAGCUGGGUGACAUUGGUCAGGUUACUUCUCUCUACACCUGAAAUUCAUGUGGGGAAAGCAAGGAUAAUGACAGCACCUACUUCAUGGUACUGUUGUGAAGAUUAAAUGAGUUAAUGUUAGUAAGGUCCUCAGAAUAAUGCCUGACACAUAGUAAGCUCUAUAAUAAUUAUGGUUACUCUAUGCAUCUUUGAUCUUGCACCUUAAAAGCAGGUGGAUGUAUAUGAAUGGAACUCAGAAUACAUUUUAUUUAUCUUAUAGAUGUACCAUGGAAGGCUGCAAUUUUUACAUAGUAAAAUUUGUCUAAUUUAAAUGGGGAUGCUGUUAUUCAAGCUAUUUAUUUACUUAUUCUCUAAGAAUGAGAGGCAUAAAGCAGUCUGCCUAACUGCUUGAGUUCAUACCAACCAUUUGUCCAACAAGAAUCAGUAUCAAGACUGCAAAGAACAAAGAGCUUUCUUUGAGGUCUUAAGAACUACAAUUCAGAGGGGAGAGUAUAGCUCAGUGGUAGAGCACGUGCUCAGCAUGCAUGAGGUCCUGGGUUCAGUCCCUAGUCCCUCCAUUAAAAUAAAUCAAUGAAACUAAUUACCCCCCCCCAAAAAAAAUAAAGUUAAAAAAAUACUAAAAAAAAGAAUUGCAAUUUAGGAGAAACAGAUUUGGGUAAAACUGAAACAGUGUCCCAGGGGAGAGAAAGAGUCAGGGGCUUAUUCAGGCAAAAUCCACAAGUUUGUUCCAGAAUUGUCAUUGAUCCCGAUGGAAAUAUUUGUCCUUAUGGGGCAGGUUGUCGUGAGUUAUUUUAGGGUAAGUGUCCCAUAAGUGUCUUGAGUUUCUGGAACACUGGGCAGGUGUUCUGGAUGCAUGUGUUAAGAGAAUAAGUGGUCAAAAGGUCAGAUUUCAUCUAGGCUAAGACAUGCAUAAAUCACACUUCUUCAAUGGCCUCCCAGCUUCAUUUUAGAGACUCUUAGCAACACCAGCAUCAUUUUGAUUUUCCUUUCACACACUUUACACAGCCAUGAUUGGUCAGACAAGAGAUCCAGAGGUAGAGUAGCCUUCUAUUGCUAGCCAGUUUUUUGUUUUUUGUAAUAAAGUUUCUUUCCAACUCUUAAGAGAGAUGAUUCUAUGGUACAUUGUUCCAAAAUUAAAAACUCUAUCUGCAAUUCCAGCCUAUGUUACGUCAAAACCUAAAAUUGCGUAGGGUAUCCUGAAGAUUCCACCCAUGAGGACCAGUGCUUUGUGUUUGUAAAUUUCUGUCAUUUUUAAAUCAAAGUCCACAAAACAAUGAACUAUUAACUAAGAAAGUCUUGGUAUGCGGAGUCUGAAUUUUACUAUUAUUAUUAUUAUUAUUAUUUUUUUUUUUAGUGAAAGGAGUUGCCAUUUAAAAUAAGUCAGCUCCAGAGACUAAAUAGAGUUAAAAGAUACCCAACAUUGCUGGGGAAGGAAUCACCAUGGUGGUUGCUCUUUAUUAUGCAAAGACAAGGCAGUUAGACAAAUCUACCACUCAUGCAGGUGAUAACCAGAGUACUCAGUGGCUUAACAAAGGCCAUCCUUCCAGAACCCCCUCCAUGAACAGUCAUGUCUGGGGAGGUGUCAGGGGCACUGGGUCUCACCUCACUUCCAUCUUGAGGUUUAGCAUAAUUGAAACCUCUCUCAUGGAUGGAAGUCAGCUCGUAGGAAAGGAUAUCAAAGGCCCUCAAGAGUGUACUCACCAUUGUAUCAGGGAAGUCUGGAAUUGUGACAUGGACACCACACCAGGGAGUAGAUUUUGUCCUAGUAUAGUGUGUGGCUGAGGCUGGAACCUGACCCCUCCGUAACCCCCAACCAAAGGAUCUGAACUUUGUGGUUGGGAACAAUGGCUGCAGAUGUGACUGUAGCUUUUAAAACUGCCCCUCUGGAAAGCCAAGAGCAAUGCACCAGGAACCGAGGUCUUUGCAGCCACCGAAACCACUCACAACCAGUCUGCAGCACUGCCAAAACCAGAUCUGAGCACUAGACCGCCCAGUGCACUAGAGGAUUCUUCAUUUUACUUUCAGUUAUGCAUUUGAAAGCAGAACGACCUCCUUGGACUGAAAAAACUCCGAGUUACUGAAGGACAAUUAUAGGGUGGCAGCUGAGGCCCCUAGAAAAAGAUUGUACUUCUUGCUCAUUUGAGGUAGGAAGCUUGAAAUGGUUUUAAUUGGAAGGAAUGAGAUAUUUGAUCUUCUAUCUGUCUUACUUCAAUUUGCUUACACUGAUUUUAGCAGGUUUGCCUGAUUUUAGCAGCUUUGCCAAAGAAGUGGGACCAUGUUUAUUUAGAGGUUUAAGGAGGACUCUGAUGACAUUUCUGCAAAUGCCUGGAAAUUUCUAUUUGGUUAAAAAUCAACACUUGUCACCAUGUAAUUGGCAAGAUUUUUAUUUUAAAGUGACAGACAAUGAAGAACCAAAAAGCUAAUUUCUGACUUUUUAUAAAUCAAGAAAUCAAAAGCAUCUUUUGCUAGAAAAAUCAAGGUGUUCAAAUCAGAAACUCAAUGGUAUCAUUCUUUAGAAGAAUGGAGACAAAGUUCUGGCUGAUUGUGAGGUCUGAGAACUGGCCCUACAGUUGAUGUCAUCGAUCCUAGAGAAGGCUUUCAUUUGUAACACACUGGUGACGACACCCCAUCUUCUGAGCAAACUAAGAGAAGCAAUCACUGCAAAUACGAGGAGCCAAAUAACCUGAUUCCUUGGGCCUGCUGCGGUUGGGACAUCUUUUGUCUGUGCAAU